CCUCCUUCUCGGCCGCCGUUGCGCCGCUCUGCGCGGCAGCAAGAUGGCGGCGCAACAGCAGGACCGUGAGGGUGGUGCGCAGCUGGCUGGGCCCGCUGCGGAGGCCGACCCCCUGGGCCGCUUCACGUGUCCUGUGUGCUUAGAAGUGUACGAGAAGCCGGUGCAGGUGCCCUGUGGUCACGUCUUUUGCUCUGCAUGCCUGCAGGAAUGUCUGAAGCCGAAGAAGCCUGUCUGUGGGGUGUGUCGCAGCGCUCUGGCACCUGGCGUCCGAGCCGCGGAGCUCGAGCGGCAGAUCGAGAGCACAGAGACUUCUUGCCAUGGCUGCCGUAAAAAUUUCUUCCUAUCCAAGAUCCGGGCCCACGUGGCUACCUGUUCCAAAUACCAGAAUUACAUCAUGGAAGGUGUGAAGGCCACCACCAAGGAUGCCUCCCUUCAACCAAGGAACGUCCCAAACCGUUACACCUUCCCUUGCCCGUACUGUCCCGAGAAGAACUUUGAUCAGGAAGGGCUAGUGGAACACUGCAAGCUGUCCCAUAGCACGGACACCAAAUCUGUGGUUUGUCCGAUAUGUGCCUCGAUGCCUUGGGGAGACCCCAACUACCGCAGCGCCAACUUCAUAGAGCACAUCCAGCGCCGGCACCAGUUUUCUUACGACACUUUUGUGGAUUACGAUGUUGAUGAAGAGGACAUGAUGAAUCAGGUGUUGCAGCGCUCCAUCAUCGAUCAGUGAGCGGUCUCUACUGUCCAGCUCGUGCUCCAGAGCGUCCGUUGUGUGUUGGGCGUGAAACCUGUGACUCCUACACCUUCAAUGUACAACAGACCUGGAAGUGAGCUGUGGUCACUUCUGACAGGGAAAAAGGUCCCCAGGUCAGAGCCGUCCCUUCCUUUGGGGUCUCCCCUGCUGUUAACUCUGUCAUGUGUCUGGUCUCUGAUUGCCCUCAGCUGCUCCCUGGAGUUUCUGCUUCCUCUUCUGGAAGAGAAUCCAGGUUCUCCACCUACCCUUGUUUCACUCUCGUUCCUCCCCUUUAGUGUGCAUCUCUCAGGUCCUCUGAGCCAGCCAGGACCUGUUCUGGGUCACGAAUAGCACAAGCGAGACCAGCACCUCCCUCCUCUCCUUGUCCCUGAGGUGAGGUGUGUGAGCUCUGGCAAAAGUGUGUCCCAUCGGUGGUGGAGCUCCUUCUGUGCUGCGGAGGUUCUUUUAGUUGGUCCUUAGCAGCAGCUGCCGGAAGCUGGAGUUUACCUCCUGGGAAACAUUGCAAAAGGCCUGUUGGGGUGAAUGUUCUGGGUUUAGCAUGAUCUGAUGCUGGAAGUUUUGAUUAGUUCUAUUUUCCUACUGCUCCUGCACACCCCUAGAGUUAACUGGUUCAGUCUUAAAUGCCUGCAUGGUGCCUUUUUAGGAUAAGGUGUAACCACAUCUUUUUAGUGACAAUAAGUGUUUCUAGGUUAGGAAAGUUAAACUCCAUUUAUCCAUAAGUGGGGAGGAGGGUCAGCUAAGAGCAGUGUGAGGGCCGUAGCUUUUUGGUUCUGAUUUUCAAACUAACAUGGUAUUUUCAAAGGACUGCGUCAUGUUUGCCUCUCUGUUUGGGAACCUGCUUACAUUCUUGUCCUUGAGGCACGAAAAAGAGUCCUCCAUGAAUAAGAAGGAAGAGGUUUGGGGGCUCCAGUAGAUACUAUAGUUAUUUUAUCUUUUAUUUGGUAACUUAGAUUAAACUGAGUAUCUGAGUAUUGCUUUUCUAUCAUAAAUGGUUUCCUUAUGAAACUGAUUUCCAUCUGUAAAUCAGUGUGUGAAACCUGCCUUGUAAAGCAGAGGUCAUGGGAAAUCUAGUCUCACAGCCUGCUGUCUCCUUUUGACAAGACGCACUGUUAAAAAGGCAAACCCAGCUCUGGUGAGCACUUGUUAAUGGAAACUGCUGGAAACUAGCUCAAGAAACUUGAAGUUCACCAUGUUUUGCGAAUAUUAAUAAAUACAAGGCUGAGAGCGGUGUCAGUCUAAUCUGUAGGAACAUAACCAAAAGACGUGGAUUUAGGUUCAUUUUUUCGUGUCAGACCUCUCUACUCUGAACAUGGAAAGUUUUUCUGGUCAGUGGCUGAGGUUGUAAGUGACAGGGAGCUUUGGGGCCUGUGAGCACCGCUGUUGUGGGCCUCUCCCUGCCUGCCAGUGGGGGCUGCAGACGCCUAGUGACCAGCAAAGACAGGGCCCUUUGCUAGGCAAAAUAAUCUUUUCUAAUGUGAUGUUGCUUUGGAGGGCCCAAAUGUUAAGGUCAGCGCCUUCACUGUGAUUUCUGGAAAAAGUUCACUUAGCCCUCCCUGACUUGAGAGGUCUGAAUCUGGAGGGAAAUUUGACAAAGCCUUCAUUUGAGGGAACAGAGGAGAGUGUCCAUCUCACUAAUGGUACCAAGAAACUGAUUUCCUUGUAUUAAGUGCACUUCAUGUAUUUCUAAUAAGAUGACUUUCCAGAAAGUGAAAUUUGUUAUGUUCUGGCUUUUAAAAGGUGAAAUAUAAAUAAAUUUCAUAAUUUAUCCGA